GAAUAAUAAACGUAUUUUUCAGAUGCUGUCCUUUAAUUAGUUGGGAAGACACUGACACCCAGAAAGUGCUGCCUGACAACUGUGCGGGAGAUUCUUUGAUGUAUUACAACCUCAUCAGACUCCAAUUUGAGAAGAAGAAUGACAGCUCGGACACUUAAACCAGACUUUUCACCAUCCUGGAAAGGAACUGGCUUCCAGAAUUUGGAGGGUUUUUGAUGCUCUACCUCCCUCUGCUGUUACCAGCGAGAAGUUCCUCGACAAUGGGAAAUCAUGUACUCGCAGCUUCGAUUUCCAUGCUCUCGCUGCUGGUGAUGAUGGGAGACACGGACAGUAAAACAGAGAGCUCCUUCCUGAUCGACUCCGACCCCAGCCGCUGUAUGAGGCACCACUACGUCGACUCCAUCAGCCACCCUCUCUACAAGUGCAGCUCCAAGAUGGUGCUGCUGGCUCGCUGCGAAGGCCGCUGCAGCCAGACCUCGCGCUCGGAGCCCAUGGUUUCCUUCAGCACGGUCCUGAAGCAGCCCUUCCGCUCCACCUGCCACUGCUGCCGGCCCCAGACCUCCAAGCUGAAGGCCAUGAGGCUGCGGUGCUCGGGGGGCAUGCGGCUCACGGCCACCUACCGCUACAUCCUCUCCUGCCACUGCGAGGAGUGCAACUCCUAGGGACCGAGGGGCGCGGCAGACGGGGGACAAGGGGGUGCUGCUGAGGGGGAAGAGCCCCAAGAAACAAUCCAAGGUCAGGCCGGUGCUCCCAGCACAGGAUUGCGGCGAGGACAGGACUCACCAGGCUGGAUUGAAUCUGAGAGCAGAAGUACAAAAUAUCCUGGGUUGCUGGAUGGUGCUGGUACCGCAGUGUGGGCUGUGAUAAAGGCAAAAGCACGAGGACUUGUUUUUAAGAAGCCUUUCUUUUUUUCUGAAAGGAUAUUUUUGAGAGUUUCUUCUUUUUCAGACUCAGCUCUGACUACAGAGAGGUGCUUUUACUUGAGGCCAUGGGCAGCAGGGGAACAGAGAAGAAGAUCAGCCAGAUGACAGCAUUGCAGUCUGGAAAGUGACAUUUGGACAGAGGAUGGGCAUCAGUUCCCACAGACAACCUCUUAACCUAUCAAUUUAUUCUCAGUUUUCUAGUUAUACUGGCCUUCAAAGCA